AUGAGAAACCAACUUUGCAGCUCAUAUAUACUUUUGCUGUCUUUGAAAUGCAUGGUUUUUGCUGCUUGCAAAGGGAGAAUUCCAUCUCUGAACUUCUUUUGUGAGAUUAGUUUGAUCGAUGCAUACAGGGGAACAUUGUAUGAUUACAGAAAAGGAAAUACUUCCUCUGCAUGCCUAUCUGGCACUUUUAGCUCUAAAAUUGAGAAUGUUCAUGAAAAUGAGCAAUUAUCAGUCUUGGAUUUGCCUGAACUAGCAUUGGAUUGUAUUCUUGAGAAGCUUUUGCCUGCCGGGUUGUGUAGUAUGGCUGCUGUUUGUAGCUCAUUGAGGGAGAGAUGCAUCAGUGAUCACCUUUGGGAUAGACACAUGAAGCAUAAAUGGGGGAGGGUUUUAGGUUCUGCAGCUUCCCGCGAAUGGCAAUGGUUUAUUGCCUCUAGACGAAAUUCGAGUGUUUCUGCUGGGAAAAAAUCACAAGGCUUUAUGAAAUAUAUUUGGUAUGCAUGGCCUUUGACAUGGUUUGCAUCAAAAUUUGAUAAGUCUAAUAAUAAGGAUUCUGCUUCUCCUCUGGUUGAUACUGUUAUGUCCUGGUUUUUGGCUCUUGAAAGUGGCAAAUUCUGGUUCCCUGCCCAAGUUUACAACCGUGAGAUAUCCGCCCCAUGGGAGAAGGGCAGUGGCGAUAGGGAGUGGUAUUUAAUGGGAAAGGCUAAGGGCAGCACCAGUGGAUACUCCACCACAUGA